AGAUUUUUUUUUGGGGGGGGGGGGUCACAGCAGCGCUGUAAGGAACACUGCCUUUGGCCUUCUUUUUUCUGGUCAUAGAACUCGAAUAGAACUUGGUGACUUCUAGUAUACUUUUAUUCCUUAUAGAAUGCAUAUAUAUAUAUAGAGAGAGAGAAAGCAGCUAAAUUACUUUAAAUUGCAUAUUAAAAAACCUUUGGUUCCUACAGACUAUCAGUCAGGGAGGUAAAAGCCACUCUUCUCUGUGUCAAACUACAACUCCCGAAGCCCAGGGGGUCCUGCCUUGCAGUGGGUACUAGGGGUAGUUCUAGUACAACAGCUGGAGCCCGCAGGUUGGACCUCUCUGUUUCGGAGCGCCCUUUGCAUUUAAAUCCCCCACCCCUCCCCCUGCCUGGCUUCUAGGAAGAGACUGUCGGGGUGUGUAGCAGACGGGAGCCGCUCUGCAUUGUGUGUCGGUGGCUGCGGGCAAGGCAUGCUUCUCCGGCCCAGGACUAGCAUCUAAGGCAGCGCCAAGCAGCCCGGGCUAGCGAGCUGGACUUGAAUAUCAUUUGGGGGGGAGGACAUUGCAUCUGGUCAGCCAUCUCCCCCUCCUCCCUGGCUCGGUGCUGCAGGCAGUGUGCGAUCAUCUCGCUAUGUCGGAUGACGAUUCCAGGGCCAGCACCAGCUCCUCUUCAUCGAGCUCUUCCAGCCAGCACAUAGAGAGGCAGGAGCCGGGCAAUAACAGCACUAACAGCAACAAGAAGAAGGAAAGCAAAGGCAGCAGUAUGAGCAAGAACUCCAAGCUGCUCUCCACCAGCGCUAAAAGGAUUCAAAAGGAGCUGGCAGAUAUUACCUUGGAUCCUCCACCAAACUGCAGUGCCGGUCCAAAGGGAGACAACAUCUAUGAAUGGAGAUCUACUAUCCUUGGUCCACCAGGAUCUGUAUAUGAGGGAGGUGUUUUCUUCCUGGACAUCACAUUCACACCUGAAUACCCAUUUAAGCCUCCAAAAGUGACAUUUCGGACAAGAAUUUACCACUGUAACAUAAACAGUCAGGGGGUGAUCUGUCUCGACAUCCUGAAAGAUAACUGGAGCCCAGCACUCACAAUUUCCAAAGUCCUCCUGUCUAUCUGCUCUCUGCUCACAGACUGCAACCCUGGUAAGAUCCCACCUUUCCACUUUUUUUUUUUCUUGAACACAUUCUUUAGACCAGUGGCACAAGAGAGUUUUCAUGCCCCAAUGCCUGUCAUUGCUCUGAGUACCGCCCUACUGAAUGCACAAGGAAAGGUGAUGGGUGGGCAUCACAUCCAAAGCAAUACCUUGAGUGGUGUACAGACAUUUACCUGACAGAUGGGGUGCUUUCAGUUCUGCAGUAUUCAAAGAGAUGAAUGGUGGAAAUGACUGUUUUUUGUCUGCAGGGGACAAUAUGCUCCAUGUACCAUAGGCCUUUUUAAAAUAAACAAAAAUUACUUAAAAUAACAAUCAUAAAAGGGUUGUUCAACUUUGAGUUAACUUUUAGUAUACUGUAAAGAAUAAGAUUCUGAGACAAUUAGAAAUUGGUCUUUUUUGUAUUAUUUUGGUUUUUUAAUUAUUUCACUUUUUGUUCAGCCGCUAUCUGCUAGGGCCCAAAUUACCUUAGUAACCAGGGAAUGGCUUGAAUGAGUGACUGGAAAAUGAAUAGGAAAGGACCUGAGUUGAAAAAUAAGUUAGCAGAAAUAACAAUUAAACUGCAAUCUCACAGGGCAAUAGAUUUUUUUUCCCAUUUGAAAGUUAGGAGUUGAAAGAAGAAGGCAAAUAAUUCAAAAGCUAUAAAAAAAA